UCAAUAGCCAUCUGCAUCUUAAAAAAAAAGUAAUGAUAUCUGUCUUUCCUUUUCUUCUACGAUUUGUGUAUUAGAUUUAAUUCUUGUGAGAUGAUACAUGACUUCAUAAACUAUUUACCGUGGUAAUUUUGCGUGUCCUAUGUAUUUUCAUAUCCCAAAUGCUCCAAAUCGGCGAAAACAGUUGUAAAGUUCUGAGUUUUUUUUUGCAAUGCAAGGUAUAAUGUUUAACUAUGGUCCUAUAAAAUUUGAAAGGAGAGAAAAAAAAUCUUUUCAUUAAAUGAGAUUAAAAAGAAACAAACCUAACCGCUGAGUAAAUCAAUAUACAAAUGGAUUUUUUCCCUAAACUUGUUAUCUGUGUGGGCUGGUAAAAAGGCCCACUGAGAAAGGAGCACCCGCAAUGCGUCUUCAGUUAAGGCCCACGAAGAAAUUUGGUCCAUCCAUCCACCAUGUGCAAAGGCUAUGGCCCCUAUCCAAACCUCUGGGAAUCUUUCUUCUUCCCCAAUGCCGCCGCCGCCGUCGUCUUCCCCUCCCCCGCGACUCCUCGCCGGCGGCGAGCACCUCCCGCCCCCGACCUCCGCCUCAUCGCCGGAGCACCCCUUCCUCUCGGCGCACCUCCUCCUCCCCUCCCCAUCUCCCUCCCCCGCCGACCUCUCCUCGCCGCACCUCCCCCACGCCCUCGCCUUCGCCUUCCUCACCCAACCCUCCCCGCUCCCGCGGCAUCUCCUCGUCGUGCUCCACGCCGCCGGCGCCCGCUUCACCGCCUUCUACCAGGCCUUCGCCUCCGCCCUCCUCUCCCUCCCCUUUCCCCUCCUGCUCCCACACCCGCGCGCCCGCCUCCUCCUCGCCGCCUCCGAGCUCGCCCGCGCGGCGGCGCCGGGGUUCGGGUCCCUCCUCGCAUCCCUCCUCCGCCGCGUGCCGUUCCCAGGCGACGCCCGCCUGCUCGAGCUUUUUACCGAGCACGCCUCCUUCCUCGCCGACGAAGAGCCGCAGCUCCUCGCCUCCGCCGUCUUCGCCUUCCUCCGCCUCCUCGCCAGGAACCGUCUCGCUCCGGCCCCGAGCAGCGCUGUGUGCAAGGACUGCGAAGAGUGCAAGAGCGCCAAGAGCCUCGAAGAAUGCAGGGGAAAGCUGGUGUCUUUCUGUGUCUCCAUGCUGCGGGAUCACUUCCAAGUGUGUGCACUGAUAGGAAGGGACCUUGUGAGGUCGCUCCACGAGCUGGCCCUCGUGCCGGAGUUCCAGCCGCUGUGGAGAGACUUGAUGCCGGACCGUGUCGGUGAUGUCUGCCUGAUGAGCACACCCGGUUGGUGCACGGCCUUGGCCAUCACGGCCGAGAUGGAGACACAGCUUCUGUUCAUGAUGAACAAUGUGAAGUGGGGGGAUCAGAAGAGGUACCAGCUGUGGUUUGUGAGGAAGCACCUGAUGAUGCCCGGAGGGGAGGAGAGGAUCCCUGACAUUGUGCGGUUCAUAUGCUGCGGGUACCACCCAACGAAUGAGGUCAUGCAUUCUGGUGUUAUUGCCCGCUGGGCGGUCAUUGGCUGGCUGCUGACGUUUUGCAGAAAAGGCUACGUGGUAGCGAAUGCGAAGCUGGCGCUGUUCUAUGACUGGUUGUUUUUUGAGGAGGGGAGGGGUAGUAUCAUGAAUAUCGAGCCUGCAAUGCUGCUGAUGGUGAACUCGGUGUCUCAGUAUACGGAUAUUACGAACAUGCUGCUUGAGUUCUUGUUUCUUCUUAUCGAUAACUAUGAUGUGAGGAGGAAGCAUGCAAUUGCUUGCUGUGUGAGGAGUGCGUUUGAGGUGCUGGUUAAGAAACGGGUGAUCUCUUCGUUGGAGCAAUUGACUUGUUGUGAGAAGCUAUCACCAUUGCUGAGGCAAAAGCUUGUGGCCUUCUUAAGUAGUUCCAAUCCUGGAGCAGCUGAAGAUUCUUGCGGGAAACCAACUCCUAUAGUUUCUAAAGAAACAGAGUUGAAGAAGAGUGUUUGCUCAAGCUAGACUUUAAUCAAUGGUUCUGUUAUGUCACAGUCCUGUGUCUCAGGAACGAACUCGGCACCAAUUCAGCAGGGUAGGCAUCUGAAGAGGAAUCACAAUGCUCGCACAAAUGAGAGGAAAGAUGUGAAGAAAUCAUUGGGAGCAGGAAGAAAAGGGAUGUGGAGUAUGCAGUCAUUCAUCAACAGCUGGCACUAUAUCUAGCAUGUUGGUUCCUGAUUUACAUCUACAGAGACACAUCAAACUAAGUUUGACACUGUGUUUGCUACAAUGGAAGCCAACCUCAUCCACACUCAUCCACAUUCAACUCAUAUUUCCACCGUAUUCGGUGUGAAUUGGCUGCCUGCUUGAUCUAUGAACUGUUGAGUUUGCUCAAACCAUGGUGUCUUCAAUCCGUGCCAAAGAUAUAGUUAUCAUGUGCGUGAAUAGGUUAUUUCACUGGUUGAAUGGUUUCUGCAAGGAUGACUACAUCAUCUCGAAGAUGAAUUUUUUGCUUCUUGUGGCAUGUUUCACAUUAGUCCCAGACGCGAACAACUGGAGUACAGCAGAAAAAUUGUUCUUUGUGCUAAAUUACCGACAUCUGUAAUUGACUAAAGAAGCUGUGAUGAGCUAUUGGAUACUACAGUGUAGCAGAUGCUUCCAACUAUGUGUCCAGAUCCAAGGUUUGCAUGUGUUAGAAAAAAGCACCAUGCACAGCAUCUUGGUGAUAGUGGAACUUUUGUUUUACAAAAUGGUUCUAUACGCAGCAGGUGUUUGUAUCGAAGAAAAGGUGUUUCUAUGGAUGUAUUUCUCUGAACUCAGGAAGCAGUUCAUCCGAUUUAAUUUUAUGUAAUCUGAAAUCCUUUUCAGAUAAAAUUAUGUGCUUGUAAGCAUUCUGUUGCUGUUCAGCUUUUGUGAUUCAAUAGUAAAAUUCCUUUCAUUGUACUUGUUAGUUUGUUUCUUUCCCUUUCAUUGAGAUCAGUAGGUGCCAUGAAGCCAAUCUGAUGUCGCUAAUAAAGUUUUUUUCCAA